UAUGUAUUCCAAGCAAUCGCAACAUGCGAUGUCGGCGGAGAGAACUCAGAACAGAGGAGAGUUCACAGAGGCACUCUCUAUGUUCCGACUCUCCAAUUCGUUCUUAUAUAUAAAGCACCAAGAUAUACAUAUAUACAUAGAGAGAGAGAGAGAAUUGUUGAUUCUUGGUUUUGAAUUCACGAUUUUAGCAAAUUCUCAAUUCCUUCUGCUUCCAGAAAAUCUUAGUUGAUGGCAAAGACUGAAUCAAUCCUUGUGAAAGAUGCUGUUCACAAGCUGCAACUUUCUCUCCUUGAAGGCAUCCAAAAUGAAAACCAGCUAUUUGCGGCCGGGUCACUGAUAUCGCGGAGCGAUUAUCAAGAUGUCGUGACCGAGCGGUCAAUUGCAAACAUGUGUGGUUACCCUCUUUGCACCAACCCUCUGCCCUCCGACCAACCCCGGAAGGGCCGGUACCGCAUUUCCUUGAAGGAGCAUAAAGUUUAUGAUCUACAUGAAACCUACAUGUACUGUUCAACGAGUUGUGUUGUUAAUAGCCGAGCAUUUGCUGGGAGUUUGCAGGAGGAGAGGUGUUCGGUUUUGGAUUCAUCGAAACUUGAUGAGAUUUUGAGGUUGUUUGAGGGAUUGAGUUUGGAUUCGAAAGUGGAUUUGGGUAGGAAUGGGGAUUUAGGAUUAUCUGAGUUGAAGAUUCAAGAAAAAACGGAUGGGACGGCUGGGGAAAUGUCUUUGGAAGAGUGGAUUGGACCAUCAAAUGCCGUUGAAGGCUAUGUUCCACAGAGCGAUCGCAGUGCCAAGCCUUUGCGUUCCAAGAAUCGUAUAGAAGGAUCUAAACCUAAUGGUGCUAGGCCAAAUAAGGGAAAGAACUUGAUAUUUAAUGAGAUGGACUUCAAGAGUGUUAUAAUCACUCAAGAUGAGUAUAACAUUUCAAAAAUGUCGUCAGGUCCAGUGACAACUGUUUCCACUGCAAAAUCUAAAGAAUUGAAAGGAAAGGGGAGUCCUGAAAAUUUGGAGAAUCAGUUCACUAUAUUGGACAUAACUCCUGCUCCAAUUCAAAUUGAUUCUAAAUGCAAGUUAAAAGAAACAAAAGAAGAGGAGAGUAGCAUCAGCGGCAUUUCGGAAUCUUCUUCAUAUCCUCAAAAUUGUCCCAAAAUAAAUGCCGAUGAAGCAAAAGAGGAAUUCCAUGCUGUAAAAGCAAAUCAUUUUAGUGCAGCUGUGCCCAAACCUUCUCUUAAAUCUGCAGGUGCAAAGAAACUGCAUCGCUCUGUGACUUGGGCCGAUAAGAGAACUGAUGGUGCAUACAAUAAAAACCUUUGUGAGGUUAAAGAAUUGGAAAAUGCAGAAGAGUAUGCUGAUAAAUUCAGCUUUCCAGACACAGGAGAUGAUGUUAAUUCAGUUCGAUUUGCAUCGGCAGAAGCAUGUGUUGUUGCACUGAGCCAAGCAGCAGAAGCUGUGGCAUCUGGAGAGUCUGAUGCUUCUGAUGCAGUAUCUGAAGCUGGAGUAAUUAUACUGCCACCUCCCCAUGAUGCGGAUGAAGAGGAAUCCCAAGAGGAUGUCAAUAUGCUGGAACCAGAACCAACUCCUUUAAAGUGGCCCCAAAAACCAGGGGUUCCAAAUUAUAAUUUGUUUGAUUCUGAGGAUUCUUGGUAUGAUGGUGCACCUGAGGGGUUUAGCCUGACUUUAUCACCAUUUGCAACAAUGUGGAUGACACUCUUUGCAUGGAUAUCAUCAUCUUCUUUGGCUUAUAUAUAUGGGCGGGGUGAUAGUUUUCAUGAAGAGUAUUUAUCUGUUAAUGGACGAGAGUACCCACGGAAAACUGUAUCAACUGAUGGUCAUUCUUCUGAAAUCAAACAAACUCUUGCUGGCUGUCUUGCCCGUGCUUUGCCAGGACUUGUUGCAGAUCUCAGGCUGCCAACACCAAUAUCUACUCUCGAGCAAGGAAUGAGGCACUUGCUGGAUACGAUGUCUUUUAUUGAUCCACUUCCCCCAUUCAGAAUGAAGCAGUGGCAAGUAAUUGUUCUUUUGUUUAUUGAUGCUCUCUCUGUUUCAAGAAUUCCAGCACUUACUCCACAUAUGACAAGUCGCAGGGCAUUGCUUCGCAAGUUUGGACACGCCAUGGACACGGCGGGACACUUUUCGGACACUCGUGAGGUGGAUCGAAGGAGCCCUAACUAUUUUCCUUGAUCGACAGAGAAAGAGAGAAAGGGAUCGAGGGAUACAGAAAGAGAGAAAGAGAUCGAGGGAGACAGAAAAGAGAGAGAUCGAGGGAGACAGAAAAGAGAGAGAGAUCGAGGGAGGAGAGAAGACAAAAAAGGAGAGAAGACAGAGAAGGAGAGAAAGAGAUCAAGGGAGAGGAGAAGCUAACCUGUUCAGAAGCUAAGGAGAGGAGAAGCUAACUCGUGAGAUGGAUCGAAGAAGCCCUAACUGAGGUAUUCUUCUUCUUCUCUUCUUCUCCUUCUUCUCUGUCUCCAUCAUCUCUGUUCUUCUUCUGCGCUUCAUUUUCGUCUUCUCCUCCUCCCUUUCGUCUCUCCUUUUUCUGAUCUCUCUCCCUCUGCCUUUUUGACUUCACAUUCUCUCUCCUCUAUCGUUUCUCUUUUAUAUUUUUUUUCUUCUCAUUUUUUGGACUCAACAUUUCUCUCUCCCCCCUCUUUUUUUUUUCUUUUUUCUUUUUUUUUUCUUUAUCCUUAUUUUUAUGUUAAACUUAAAAUUCAUAAAAUAAAUUAUUUUUAUUUAAAAAAACUUAUUUUUUAUUAAUUU